AUGAGGCAAAUAGAAUCAUUAAAUUUUAGAACACCCCAACACCCUUCUUUGGGUACCAAUAACUGGGGUGGUGCUUCUCCUAUGUUAGCAAGGAACGUACCGAAGGAGUCACUGGAGCAAAAGUACUUAAGGAUCAACAGCAUCCAUACGCGUGACAAGAUCUUUCUAUCUACUGAUGAUGACUUCAACUACUUGCCUCAGACUUGCACACCUAAGUAUGAAAUCCCCCAAACACCAAGUCGCAGACGUAAGGGAAUUCUGUUGAAGUUUUUGUUUCCAAAGGAGGAGAAGACUGCUACCUUGGGUUCAAAUUCAAAGAAAAAGAUAUGGUUCCCUAGAUGGGAUCCUAAAAAUAGAUGGCCUCAAGAAAUAUAUGCUUAG